AUGGAAGAGAUCAGAAGUGAUGACAUAGAGAAGCAAGAUGAAGUUAUGUUACCUGGCUUCAGGUUUCAUCCAACGGAUGAAGAGCUUGUCAGGUUCUAUCUCAAAAGGAAGAUCCAGCAGAAGUCUCUUCCCAUUGAGCUUAUUAGGCAGCUGGACAUCUACAAGUUUGAUCCAUGGGAUCUCCCAAAACUAGCAAGUACCGGGGAGAAGGAGUGGUAUUUCUACUGCCCAAGGGAUAGGAAGUAUCGGAACAGCACAAGGCCUAACAGGGUAACUGGAGCUGGCUUCUGGAAGGCUACUGGAACUGACAGACCAAUUUACUCCUCUGACGGGAGCAAGUGCAUAGGCUUGAAGAAAUCUCUCGUCUUUUACAAGGGUAGAGCGGCCAAAGGCGUUAAAACUGACUGGAUGAUGCAUGAAUUUCGGCUGCCAUCACUCACCGAUCCUUCAUUGGCACAGAAGAAGCCACUGGAGAAGACUAUUCCACCAAAUGAUUCCUGGGCCAUCUGCAGGAUUUUCAAGAAAACCAACGCCACAGCACAGAGAGCGCUCUCACACUCCUGGGUCUCUCCUCACUUAUCCAGCACAAAUGGAACCUACAUUCCUCCUCAUUUGCAGAACACACAUAGAAGUCGGCAUGCCUCAGAGAACACAUCAUCCGCAAUGACAAACAUCAUCUCCUCCAACAUACAGUUCACUGGCAGUGGAUACUUUCCUUCAGUAGUUUCCUCCUGUCAGAACACACUCAGCAUCAUUGACAGCAUCAGCAGGCCAGCUACAUCCAUACUUCUCCCUCCAUCGGAUGCAGAACAUCAGGCCAUGAGUAUCCUCUCAGCAAUCCCGCUUGAUCUUCAGGCUGGGAUGGACAUUGCAUCUAUGGUUCUGAACCAAUCUUCCAUUACACUCUCCAACAUGGACAGAUCAACGCCCACAAACAUUGAGUUUGCUCAGCCUCAACAAUGCAAUAGCAACAUGAUCAACAGAUGCAUGGUCGACUUGCCUGAUAUCAGCAACAACGUCGACGGAGCUCCACGGUCCAUCAGUUUCCCGUACAACCUGCAAGGGCCACUUUCUGAUGACUGGAGGGCGAACAUUCCUUGGGACUCACUCCCUUGCACCACUGAGGUCACCACGAAUUACCAGCCGACCAAGUGCUACACUUGA